AUGCCAGGAAUUCUUCCCAUGAAAGUCAUCAAGGUGGGCACCAGCUCGCAAAGUCGCAUUGCGCAGGCUUGCGACAGGUGCCGCAGCAAGAAGAUUCGUUGCGAUGGGAUCCGCCCGACUUGCUCGCAGUGCGCCAAUGUCGGUUUCGAGUGCCGCACCAGCGACAAACUCAGUCGCCGAGCUUUCCCGAGGGGCUACACUGAAUCGUUGGAGGAGCGCGUGCGGGCGUUGGAGGCUGAAGUCCGGGAACUGAAGGACUUGUUGGAUGAGAAGGACGAGAAGAUCGACAUGCUAUCGAGGAUGCACGGCAAUCGACGGGUGCAGAGCGAGCAAUGCCAAAACCAACCGGCUGCCGACGCAAAGAAGGAUUCUGGACCACAGGCGAAGGAGGAUACAUUCCGAGUCCAAGCCUCGCCGCUGCUGCUGGGUGUUGAGAACUCGGACUCUUACUUUAUGGGCGCUUCUAGCGGCCGCGGAUUCAUUGAAUCCCUCAAGCGAAAGAUGCAGGAGAGUGGCAAAUCUUGCUCCGACUUCAAUCCAGAGGCUUUCCUGCACAUCCAGGGGUGUUACCCUCUCACAGCGAAGCCGUCCGGCCAGACGAUGAGGAUACCGCCACGCUUGUUCUCAGACAGAUGCGUCAAUGUCUACUUUCAGGAGUGGGCGCCUUUGUUCCCCGUCCUUCACAAACCCACCUUCCUUCGCGUUUACGAGGAAUUUGUUGCGGAUCCGGAGAAGGUCAAGAACAACCAUAAGCUCGCACAGCUCCAUUUGGUCUUCGGCAUCGCGGCUCUGUCCGGCGAGCAGCCCGAUCUCGACCAGAUCGCCGCCUGCGAACAACAAUGGCAAAGAUCCUUGGAGGCGGUCCUCAUGGACAACACCAUGGUGACGCUGCAAUGUCUGUUGCUCGCCCUUGUAUACUGCACCAUCAGGGCCGACUAUAAGAGGUUGCAGCAUUACAAGGGUAUUGCUGUUGGCUUAUCGCUCCGGCUUGGCCUGCACCAGAGUCAAAAACGAUUUUCUUUCGGCGUGCUCACCAUUGAAACCCGGAAGAAGGUCUUCUGGACCCUUUACACCCUCGAUUGUUUCUCUGCUGCUAUCCUGGGUCUGCCCAAGCUCCUAAAAGAAGAAGAUGUGCACACUGAAUUUCCCUCGGAUACCGACGACGAGUACGUCACCGAAAAAGGAUUCCAGCCGAGCCUUCCGGGCGAGGCGACUCGGCUGUCCAACGCCCUGGCUCUGUUCAGAGGAGCCCAGAUCUUGGGCAAGGUUUUGGAGAAAAUCUAUCCCUCUGCAACCUCUCACGAACUCUCGCUCCAGCAACUGUCUGCCCUUGGGGCGGAACUCGACGAGUGGUAUGAGAAGUUACCUCCUCACCUCAAACUCACCUUCAAGCAAGACAAGCCAUCGACCGACAUUACCGGCAGCCGGUCACCAAUCCUGGCUCUUGCAUACUACUACACUCGUACUCUUAUCUACCGGCCCGCUGUCGCGUCUAGCCUGGGGCCGAAGGCGGCUUCUGCGCAUAUUGCGAUUAGCGAGUCGAGCAAGCGCAUCAUCCAGAUCAUCCAACUACUCGAGGAACGGAGCAUGUCAUUUUCGUUCUGCCUCAACAAGGCGGACACGCUUGUUCUCUGCGGCAUGGUUCUGCUCUACCAAACGCUGGACCUCAAGCAGGACAGCAAGAUGUUGCAAGACAAUGAGAGGCUUGUGAAUGACGUGAUCAAGGCCGCCGACAAGGCCAAGGCGCCUGGUUGCUAUGAUCUCAAGAGAAUCGCAGCAAUGCUGGUUGCCGUCGAUGAGCCCGAACCGCAAUCGCUACCCACGCCCCCUAGACAGAGCCCGGAUGCCUGUCUCGCUGCUCCCCCAACGCAACGGGCUACGACCAACGCCGGUCACAAAACACACACGGCAUUUGGGCGCCACCUGGCUGCCAGCAUGAGCGAAACCGACCUCCUAUUACAGCAAGAAAAGCUCCGCAGGAUGACCAUGCCGCAUCCGCACCACCGAGCGGAGCAGUUAGCCCCGCGUUCAAGAGGAUCUUUCGACAGCCCGCGGCCGACCGCCCCUCUCUCGCAACGCGACCACCGAUUAUCCCUCAGCCAAGCCCACGUCGCACAAGCAGCAAUGCUCCGCCUAUCAACCUCGCCAAACCCAAAACACCACACGAUGGACUACCUUCACCUCGAUUCCCACUCUCAGCCGCCCUCUUCUCCCGCCCAGACCCGCGGCGGCCCCCACCUUUCAACAAUCCAAACACACCAAGCCCAGCUCUACUCACAGCUCCAGAAGGGAUCCGACGUCUCGACCGCCGAGUGGGAGGCUUUGCUCGGCUCUAUCGAGGGCGGGCAGCACAACUUGUACGACGCGAUCUACGGCGGCCCGGGACUAUCGCUGACGGAGACGCCUACAUCAGCAACGACGAACCAUACCACAACGACGUGGUCGCCCGACUCGUGGGACCUAUCACAGUUCAACCUGAGCGAAUUUGGGCCUGGCGCGGACGCGGGUGCGGGCUCGUCGCACAGCCUGAGUGAGGACAGCUUGAGCUCAAGUGAUGACUUGGUCAGUGUGGAGAGUGCGAUGGAUUAUCGGGGCGGCAUGAUGCCCGUCACGACGGCGGAUGGGUUUGUCCUGGAUGGGUUGGAUGGCUUUAGGCUUUAG